AUGAAAACUCGUAGUACUCCAGAAGAACCUCCUAACAUAGCAGCUGGCGUAAAAGCUCGAAGGACAGCUCGUAUGGGCUCUCCGUCUUUACGAGUAAAUACCGAUUUGCAAAAUGAUGAAGGCAGUAAUUCUCAACCUGGACCAUCAGCCUCUCAACAGAAAACUGAAGAGCCUGCCUCCAAACCGCGUCAAAAACCAAAAGUUCCUUUACGAGAGCUGUGGACACUAGAAGACCGAAGGUUAUUCUUUGAGGGUGUUCGUAUUUAUGGUCGUAAUUACAGAGAGAUCGCUCGUUAUAUCCAAUCUCGAGGCCAUCGAGUGGAUAUAUCCACGGGCGCUUUUGCUAAUCAAGCUUCAACAUCUUGUGAAGCCUCAGGUACUGCAACGAAGCCAAAUGCCCCAACCGUAAUUUCUCCAGUUGCAGCUGCUGCCGGUCUAUUGCCUAAUAACCCCGCAACUGCACAAUCUGUAGGUCGUACCAAGGCCCAAGUGCGUGUGUUCUAUCAGCAAACUUGGCACAAACUUCGAAAGUACGUCACCUUUCCUGAGGAGGUUCCGUUGCAUGUUCGUGAGGUCUAUGCCAUUGUCAACUGAUUCCCUUUUAAAGAGGAUAUUCUCAUUGUUCAUGAUACCUAUUCUGUCAGUUUUAUUCUGGAUUUCUGCCCUAUAAUGUCUGAUGUUGAUCAGGCUAUCUCUGUUUACUUCCAUUUUUACACAGACAGGAAAGUAACAUUCCGCCACUCGUUUGUUCAAUGUCAUGCAUCCUUUCAAUAG